GUGGAAUGCAAAACACUUGCGUACCCAGUCCUCUCUCAACCGCAACAAGAUGCCCGAGAUGGAGGUAAAGCAAUCAUCAACGAAUGCUCAAACCGUUCAAGUCAGCGGUGCUAACGGCAACGAGCUAAAUAAUAACGGCAGCAUCCGUGAUAUUAUAGUAGCGGAUGUGACACCACACUCACAGCCUCUAUUUGCCGAUGACGAGAAGAAAAUGAACAAAAUGCAGGAAUUGCGGAAUCUGGUUGAAAAUCACGACGACAUCGUGCGACGGUCUGAUGAUUUGUUCCUGUGCCGAUUCUUGAACUGUUGUGACUGGGAUGUUGACCAAGCGUAUGAGCGGAUGUAUAAAAUUUUUAAGCUCAAGCAAGAUCACCAGGAUUGGUUCAUCACGAAACCGUUGGCACACUACAAGCGUUUGUUAGAUCAGAACAUUAAAGUGGUCCUCGACAAGCGGGAUAAAAAUGGUCGCCGAAUCUUUGUCACCAAGCUUGGUAAACUAAACAUCAACACAAUGGCUGCGACCGAUGUAUCCCAUUUGGACGAGCUUUGGGUUGAGUACAUGUUGAACGAUUUGGAAACCCAGGAGAAGGGCAUCAGCUGUCUGAUCGAUAUGAGUGGAUACUCGAUCAAGAGCAUGCGAUAUCUGACUCCCACCAACAUUAAAGUUGGCAUGCAGAGAGCCGAUCUAAUGCCACUGAAGCACAUGGAGUUUCAUGUGGUCAACUCGUCGGUGUUCUUGAACGCUGCCCUGGCUAUUGUGUAUCCGGUGCUGAGCAAACAUUUCAAGGAUCACGUUCAUUUUCACUACAGAAACUGGGAUUCUCUGCAUGCGUGUUUGGGAAAAGAGGCCCUGCCAGCAGAGUAUGGCGGAACGUACGGAGCGGAACUUGACUACGACCAGCUGAACAAGCAACUGUGGGAUUUAGAAGAACACUUCGAUAGUUUGAUUCGGUUCGGCUGUGAAUUGAAACCGAAGAUCGACAGCACCAUGUGCGCUGAUUCCCCACAAAAGACGAAAAAUGGAAAGAAGAAAAACAAGAGCAAGGAUCAGGGUCAGAUCGGUGUGAAAGUGUAAAUAUAGAAUAAUUAAGGUUAAGAGUUGUACAUGUUUAAUAAAACUUUAUAUUGAUUACGGAUA